AUGUCUACUCCCUUCAUCGCCGCUUUGAACCUCGCCGGUACCUCUAUCAUGAUCUACAGGGGGCCCGACGAUGUCAUCGUUGCUUGCGACCUCGUUCAUAACGAUCCACAGGCGCCCAUCCUCGAGGCCUCGCCGUCUGAAGUCGCAUCUAUCGCAGAGAGCCUCGGCGAGCGGUCUUCGUUCCGAGACCGCAAGGAGCUCGACGACGCCAAACUCGAGUUCUUUAUGCCAGCGAAACGUCAAGCUGGGGACCGCGCCGCCCUCGUCCGCCGGAACGCCAUCAAGCGCAAGAGCCCUUCGUCGUCGUCACAUGUUACAAAAGAGCUGCCCGCGGCCCCGGUCCGGCCCGUCGUUCUGCAGGCGGCGGUCACCGAAUCGUGGUCGGUCGAGAGGAGCUUGAAGAGGCUCGCUUCCUUUGUCACUGGAAGGCGCAAGAUACCGGUGGUCGUGGAGAUCAAGGUGGAGAUCGAGGUCAAGAUCGUGGAGGUCGUGGAGGAGGUGGAUUGGGAUAUGGUGCUGGGUGAGGGUCAAGCGUUGGUUGUAAGGAGGAAUGCGAUGAAGAGAUGCGUGAUGGGACAGAAGAAGACAACGGUGGAGAGGAAGGGGGCGAUUCGGCGGGGCGUCGGAGUGAGGGCGCAGGAGUGGGAAGGGGCCAAGGCGGUAACGGGGAGCGGGGAGUGGGCAGGAUGA